AAAAUUGUGCAAUUUUUUUUGGUGCAUAAAGUAUUUUAAAACAUAAUUUUGAAAAUUUCUGAUAGUGAUAUUUGAUCAAAAACAAAUCCAGAAACGCUGAAGAUAUACAACAUAGAACUACAACCAACACAUAAAGCAGUUUUUCGUGCCAUACCAACGACAACAAUAACAACAACAAUAACAACAACAACAGCAGCAGCAACAACAUCACAACCCAUAUGCUUGUUUGCCGUCAACGAAACGCAUACGGAUCGCAAUACACUACAACAUUACUUAACAUACAUAUGUUCAUAUGUAGAUACAUAUGCGCAUAGCUACAUACGUGUAAAGUGAGGUUUACGUGCAUGUCCCAAAAGGCCUCUACGCCUCAAACGUUCGCCCUUUCACUUGAUUCUCAUUCAGCUGUGGUGUUCAGUGUGAGAACACUUUUGUGUCUGUGUGUGUUUCUACAUACAUACGUAUAUGCAUGUAUAUUAAAUAUAUUAAUAAACAUAUACAUCAUCAUAAACAAACAAGGAAAUAAACUUUCUUAAGAACCAUAAAAUCUUACAAGAAAACGCCAAAAUAGUCAAAGUAGCAUUACCGCUAACUAACAGAAGAAAAAAAUAUAUAAAAAAAACUAAAAGAAUUAAAUAAAUAAACGUCAAGAACAAGCGAAAAGAGCGUAUGUACAGACAUUAGUACAAUAAUAAUAAAAAAAACCACACACACACACAUUAAGAAAUAUUACUUUGGUGCAAUAGAAGCAGCAGCCGUGGCCUUAGUGGCAGUGUGCGCAUCUCAACAUGGCGUACACAAGACGACAACCUGCCCGAAAUGCUUUUACGGUUAAGCGAAUCUUGGUGAUAUUUCUUUGUAUGGCGUUACAUGAUGGACUACUCGUGAAAGCGCAACAACAACGCGAACCUCGCUUGGGCUCCAAAUGUCAACAUGAUAUGGACUGUACGGAUUUCAUUAAGGGCAGCGCCUGUUCGGCGAACGGUUUUUGCGAGUGUGCGCCCUAUUUUGUACAAUAUAAUGGCACAAGCUGUUUGUCGUCACAACUUCUGGGUGGUGACUGCGUGCUGAAUGAACAGUGCACAAUGAAGGUGGCCAACAGCAGUUGUUUGGAUGGCGCUUGCCGAUGUGUUGAAGGCUUCCUGCAGUUCCGCAAACAUACCUGUCUUGGACCUGCCCUACCCGGUGCUGUCUGCUACAGCCACGCUCACUGCCAAAUGUUUGACACACGUUCCCAUUGUGAUUUUCUCAUCCCCAAUCUCUUUGGGCGUUGUCAGUGCACUUCCCCUGCUAGGCUCGUAGGAGGUUUUUGUGUCGAAGGUAAUGCUGCAGCGCCAGCAGAAAUCUCAGCACCUACAACAACAUCAACAAGCAGUACAACCACUACCAGCACCACCUCAACAACAACUACAGCCGCGCCAACAACUACAACCUCGGUGCCAGUAGCUGAGCCAGUGAGGUACGAUAGUAUCGAAGAACAAUCGACUUUCGAUGAAAUCGCUGAAUCACCAGCCAAUUCCGAUGCUGACAUGGACAUACCAACUACCACAUCGCAGCAAGCAUUGACACCGGCAGUAGCCGAGGAGCAACAACAACAUGUGUUAGCAGCUGAUGAAAUACUGGCACAAGAAACCACACCCGUUGCAGAUGAUUAUCCCUAUAAGAUCGAGGAUGAGUAUGAUGGUGAUGUAGAUAAAGAACAGCAGCAACAAGAUGAUUAUGAACAUCCACAACAACCGAUUGCAGUAGAACAAAAUGAACACAUACACGAUAGCCAAACGCAUGCUGAGGACGAAGAACAUAUACAACAACAGGUACAGCAAGAUCAUAUCGAGGAAGGCGAGGCACUGCCUGAGCAGCGGCCUGCAGCGGAGCAAGAGCAAGUGCAAGCAUCGACAAACGUUGAAGAGACACCCGUAAAAGAAGUCUACCAAGAAGCUCAAAAUCAACAAUCUGAUAUUGUAGAAACUGAACCCGUUGAAGAACCGAUCGUAGAAGAACAAGCGCACAUAGAUCAAGUAUUAGACGAACAUAAGCAAGCAGAUUUCGUUGAAGAAACUCCACUCAAAGAAACGCCAGUCAUAGAACAAGCCGAAGAUCAAGCCUCCAAUGCAAUUCAAAAUGUCCCUGAGAACACUAAUUCCCUAGACGCUGAAAAUACAAAUACGGCAGAAAAUAUUGACAUCCCAUCUCCAGCUUUUAGUGACCCUGUGCGUGAACAGGAUGUGAUGAGAGAAGAACAAAACAAUGUCUCCGAUAAUAUUGUACAUCUUGACGAGGAACAAAACACCAACAACGAACCACAACAAUUGGCCGACGAAUUUGGGCAGAGUGAAAAAGAACAUGUUGCAAUGGCAGAAGAGAAGAAUGACGUAGCGGAACAGGAUUUAAAACAAGAACAACCAAACAUUGUGACAGACCAAGUUGCUGAAGAAGCAGCAAAUAUUUUCGAAACUGAGCAUGUAGCAGAAGAGACUCCCGAACAAAUGUCUUUGGCACCUCAAAAUAAUGUAGCGUCUAAUAUUUUCGAAGACCCAGUAGUUAAUCAAGACCAUAAGGAGUCUGUUAAAGUUGAAAAUGAAGAUAAAUAUGAACAGGCAGCAAGUGAAAAUGAGCAACAAGUAGAAUUGACACCUGAACUACACGCCGAAGAGCACAUUGUAUCCUUUGAUGGAACACAAAAUCAAAAGAAUGAAAUCUCGCAAAACUCAGAUGAGUUAUCCGUGGGCACAACUGUGUCUCACGAAGCCACCAAUGCGCCAAACUCAUUGUCUUCAGAACAUCAGGAACAGCAGUAUGUUGACUAUCAUCCCGAAAUGGAAAUGUAUGAAGAUGUGGAGCAUGAAGAAGAGCACGCUGCGGAUAUCGUAGACGAUACCAUGAAAUUUGAUUAUGAAGCAGCACAAGAUGAAUACAAUGCUGAACAUACGGAAGCAAACAACGUUGACGAAGCAUUCGCCGCGACUGACUCAGCCAAUUGGCAACAAGAAUUCGAACAAGGGUCAGACACCACACCAACUGCGACGUCGGAAUUCGAGUCACAACCUCAGGCGCCUGCACUUGGUGUACCGGAAAACCAAAAAGAGACGGAUGGCGUUAGUCAGCAAGAAUUCGAAGAAAACAAAGCUGUCGAAACGCAAGAAACUGAAAGUGAGACACAACACGCUCAGACAUAUCCGCAGCCGACGCAGCAGCCUCAGGCGGAAGAAAAUGAGGAAAUUGAAAGUACUACAUCAGUGAACGCCGCCAAUCCAGCCAACUUAGACUCACCGUCAGCAGUUUCCGAACAAGAGCACAACAACAAUCUACCAAGCAGCAGUGUAAUUGCCCAAGACGAAUUUAUUGAGCCUGAGGAAGCGACAAUAGCAAUAACGGAACAAAGUGCACCGGAACAACAACAAGACGACAUACUACCGCCCGAAAACGUACAAGCUGAAUCUAGCAACCAACAGCAAAUUGUGAAUGAGUCCGAGCUGCCAUCAGCAAACGAGCCAAGCGAUGUGGAUCUUGUUCAUACAGCUGACGAAGACAGUGCAGACGUGCUUGGAGCAGUAACAGAGGGAAUUAUAGCAGCCGACAACGAUGCAGCAGCUAGUGAAUUAGUGAAUCAAGUUAUAGAAAAUGAAGAAUUUUCGCCAGAACAUACAGUUUCAGUAGAUUCAAUGACAGUGACAUCACCAGUUUUUGCACAAGCUGCAGAAGUUUCGGAUAUGGAGAACGAUACUAAGAAGACUCAAGAAGAGCAGGAAGAUAGUCAUAUUGUACAAGAUCCGGCUUUUGUGGAAGAAAUUGCGGUGACAACCGAAGUACCAUUAUUCCAAAGGACUGAUACUGAAGCGAUUGCCACAGAAGAGAAUAACGACAUUGAACAGGUGAAUGGUAAAGAUAGCAUAAUUGCUGAAAGCGAGACUCACACCGAGCGAUAUGUCAUGGAUGUUGAGGAUCUGAUAAAAGAAGAAUCUCAGACAAAUAAGCUUGACGCAACGGCAGAGCCUGAGCUCGAUAACAAAAUAGCACACCCAGAGGCAGGAAACAAUGUGGUUGAGGAGAAUAGUGAAAAUGUUGUGCUUGAUCAGAAUCAGCUAGCAACACCAGAAGAGAUUGCGAUAGUUGAGCACGAAGACGCAGCAGCUGAGGAGAAAAAACCUGUUGAUAGCUUAAACCAGUUUGAGCAAAAUGUUAAUGGCAAUGAAGUGAGCCCCCCAGAACAAAGCGGUCACACAAAAGGAACUCAUGUUUUUGUUGAAGCUAAUCCCACUGAAGCUGAGAGCUCGAGCGAUUCCAAUGAAGAAGCAGCAUAUCUUUCAAAUACCUCAGUGGAGCUAGGUAAUGAAAGUAUCGACAAAGAGACCGUCACCACAUUACCCGAUGACUACGCACACAUUGAAAGUUACGAAAUACUGAAUAACGCACAAGAAGAACACACUGGUGAAAAACAUGAUUUCGAGGCACCGACUGAGUCUAACUUCCUCGACUUUAGCGAUCAAGAUGAAUCUGUGCAACAAUCUGAGUCAUUUGAAGAACAGGAGUCGAUUGCCGACAUACUAAGUGAUCUGAUGUCCGAAGAUAUCACUACACCAUUGCCGUUAGAAGCCGUAACUGAAAAAGAAGGCGUUAUAUCGUUAGAAGAUACUAACAUUGGUGGAAAAGAAGGUGUGAAUGCACAAGCAGAAAGCAUUGUCGACAUAAACAAUGUCGAAGAGAAACUAGCUACACAACCAGAGGCCGAGACCACGGAGACGCAUGAGCCGAACGGAGAAAAAUUGAUCACAUUCUAUCCAGAGGUUCAGGACCUUAGCGUGCAAGCAAACAAUGAUAUUGAAGUGCCGCAGGGAGCUGAAGAUGCGACACGUUUGACACAGUUGCCUGGGGAUAGUGGCACUCAAGUCAAUCAACUUGAAGACGCUGAUCACACAUUAUCACCUGAAGAACUGCCAUUCGAUUUGACAUCUAUCGAUGAUAUACAACCACAGGAAUUGGAGUCAGAUAGUUUAGUUUUGGGGACGACCACAACACCUGCAGUGAUGGUGGAAGCAGAGCCAGAAGUGGAAGCAGAAGAAGAUGAAGCUUCCGGAGCGGGCGUUCAUGACGUGCGACAUGAAGAAGCGACAGCAACACCGGACGAUAUUCUCGAAAUAACCACACAGACUAUGUUGGGCUUGGCAAGUCGUGUAACACUAAUGGAACCAGCUGCGCCAGUUGCUACAACACUUAAGCCGCUGAUGAACGAAAUUUCGCCAGAGAGUGAAGCAACACCCGAGCCAGUAAAGGAAAUACCUGCCACAGAAAAUGUGCUAACCGCUAAACCAAAUACAGAAAUACGUAAGCGUGUUGAAUUGGGUACUGAAGCCGUUUCUCUCGGUCUGAAUUGUAUGCAUGAUCGCCAGUGCCAGCUGGCUGAUCCAAAUACGAUUUGCAAUACGCGCGGUGUUUGCGACUGUGCGCUGAGCGAGCCAGCAGCUGAAACGCAAUGUAGUGCGCAACGUACAGGUUGUGCACCCGGUACUUUCCAGUGUCGUUCCAGCGGCGUAUGCAUCUCUUGGUUCUUCGUAUGCGACGGCCGGCCCGACUGCAAUGACGACUCCGAUGAGGAGUGCACCUUCAAUGCUCGCUUGAACCAAACUUGCCCACAGGAGGCAUUCCAAUGUGAACGUAGUGGCCGUUGCAUUUCGCGUGCCGCACGUUGUGAUGGACGCAAGCAGUGCCCACACGGUGAGGACGAAAUCGGUUGUAAUACGGUAAAGGCUGGUACAUGCCCGCCACACACCUUCCGUUGCAAGAGCGGCGAAUGUCUACCCGAAUACGAAUAUUGUAAUGCGAUAAUAUCGUGUCGCGAUGGCAGUGAUGAGCCGCCCCAUUUGUGUGGUUCUCGUUCGAUGCCGACCUUCUUUCUGCGUUUGUUGAAUGCGGGUGGCUUACUGGAGAACGAGGAUGCUUACUGCCCGCAUCGUUGCAGCAAUGGACGUUGCCGUUCGACGGCGAUCGUUUGCUCGGGUAGAGAUGGUUGCGGUGAUGGCACUGAUGAGCAGACAUGCUCCGUUUGCAGAUGUCCUGCGCCGAAUAAUAGCGGUUUUACUAACUAUCUUGCCAGACAUCGUCCCAUGCCGUUAUGGUAGAUUGGAUCACAGCGUAGAUUGCAGCAACCAUAAACUCACGCACACGAGCCCCCAUCCGCCCCAAAAGGAGUAACUCAUUUCGGUAUUCCUCAGUGGUUUGUGGUAAAUGUGAACAGUUUUCCAGCGACUACUUUCAUUUCAAGUAACCAGAGCAUGGCAAUUUUGCAGUAAUCCGCUCGUGGCUGCUACCAAGCAUGGCUAACCCAGCGCCUUAUGAUAAUUUUUUUUUUUUUUUUUUGAAACUCUGCUGUUACUCCAAACGCCUAAAACUAGCGGUUAAGCUUAUUUAUUCUACACAUAAAACUAUGUCUUAUCAUUAAAAUGAAAUAUCUCGUAGCUAUUGCCACCUUGCUGGCGAGGGACAACGUGCGCUUUAGAUUGAUAGAUGCGCAUGCUCACCGUAUACUUUUCAUAUAGGAUACAUUGGAAUAAAAGAUGUCCUUUCUGGUACUUGGAAAGGAUACUUACCCCAUUCCUAUACAUUGCACAAACAAUUUCUUUGACCCAGUGAUGUUGGCAAUUGCUUACAAACAGACACAAUGGCACGAAAUCAUUUAACAUUUACAGCACCCUUAUUUAUUUUAAACUAUUUAUUCUCAUCUUCCCUCCCAUUUUUGAACUGCCAGUUUAAGUUUUAGUUUGUAGAAUUAAGUUAAAAAAAAAAAUUAUAUGAAAACAACGGUAAAGAGAUAAAACAAAAAGAUUAUAAAACUAUGCAAAAAUAAACUAAAUCAAUUUGAUAAAAUUAGGCAAUUCAAUUUUCAAUAGAUAAGCACUUCAAACUGAAUAUUCGUAUCAGCAGAAAAACUUUUAUGAAAAAAAAAAUUAUAAUAAAAAUUUGUAUUUCUUUUA